AUGUCCGUCAAUCUGGGCGCUCUCACCACCACAUUUACUCCUCCUUCCUACUGCACUACGGAUAUAUACCCAUAUGUAGCCUCCAAUUGGAAAUGUGGAACGAGCCUUUGCGACUUUGGGCGCCUUGGACCUAGCCUCGACCUCAAUUGCAAUCCGUCUGGCUUCACGACCGACCCUGCAACGUCCUUUUACUACUCUCCCGGUGUCUGUCCAUCGGGGCAUACUGUCGCGCGUUCGCAUACAGCCAACGGCACUGCAUCAGAGACCUUCUCCACUUGUUGUCCGAGUUCCUAUGCCUGCCAGACAGAAACAGGCUGGCCCUGGUACUCCACCGAACUCUGCACACACGCUACUCCCGAUACCUCAACGUACACCGUCACCUUUUUCACAUCCGGCAGCCAGAAAACAAGCACAACAGCCGUGGGUGGUGGAAUAAACGCAUACGGUAUUCGAAUCCGAAAAGGUCCUGAUUCUGCCUCCUCUCCUGCUUCUGUUUCCGCGACGCCAACCUCGACACAAACAUUCUCCGCUACCGCUACAAAUACCAGUGCUGGUACAACAGAAGAACAAACCUCUGCGAGUCUAUCAACGGGUGCCAAAGUGGGAAUCGGCGUCGGAGUCGGACUCGCAGGACUACUUAUUAUUAUUCUUGCUGCGCUGCUAUUUUGGACACGGCGACGGGCUCGCAAUUCAGGUGUUGCCCCCACUCAGACUCAGACUCAGACUCAGACUUGGGGGGAUCAAAGGCCCGAGUUUAAGAAUGAAUUAUCAGGGGCCGGUAUGGCUCGGCCGGCUGAAAUAUGGGCCCCUCCUCCUGAGAUGGCGUCGGCGAUACAUACGGCUGAGCUGGAGGGGAAUGGCAAUGUUGAGAUUUUGAAAUAA